UAAAUACGAAUCCUUGAGAGUAGUCUUCAUCAUAAUACCUACAGAAAAUGAGUUUGAUUGUGUUUUUGGUCGCUUUAACUAUCGUAGACAUUGGCCUUGCCCUCCCAACGGUGCAAAACUUCACCUCCAAGAGACCUUUCAUGUACCCCAACGAAAGAACCAACGGCUUCAUAAACGGGAGGAUCAUAGGAGGCCAAGAGGCUACCCCCCACGCCUACCCCUACCAAGUAGGCCUGUACUGCCACCGAGUUGACGUCACCAACUUCUGCGGCGGGUCUUUGGUGUCUCAAAAUUUUGUACUGACCGCAGCUCACUGCGCGGAAAAGACUGUAAGCAUCGAACUCAUUUUCGGGGCUCACAACAUCGAGGAGGUCGAAGAAACGCAGGUCAGGCAGACCAGUAGUCAGUUUGUCAUCCAUUCCGGUUGGGAUGAGAGUGAGCUCAUCCACGAUAUUGCUGUGGUUCGACUUCCAACUCCGAUUGUGGAGACUGACUAUAUAAAGAUCAUUAGGAUAUCCCCCAACACUGAAACUUAUGCGGGAGAGCAAGGCCUCAUCGCGGGCUGGGGGACGACGAGAACCGGCCAGCAGGGUGUAACCCCACUGCUGAGGUACGUGGUGAGCGACAUCCUCACCAACGACGCUUGCAAAAGCAUCCAACCUUACGACCUGGUCAUCCAGCCCACCCACCUGUGUCUUUCCGGUCUCUCGGGCACCGUUAAAGUAGGCACCUGCAAUGGCGACUCUGGAGGGCCCCUCGUCGUUAACGGCGCCCAAGUGGGAGUUGUAUCUUUCGGCUAUUCAGAUUGCGAGGUGGGAAAUCCGUCUGUCUUCACCAGGCUGUCGGAAUACAGGGAUUGGAUUCGAGAAAAUUCCGAUGUAGACGUUUGAUUACGAUAGUUACAUGUAAAAUAAAUUUUAGUUAAGUUA